UUAAUACAUUCGCAUAUAUUUUCUCUUUAAUUCCUACCCUUCGAAGACAUCCGCAAAGUUUGAGUAUUCAACUUUGGAACGCCUUGUACAUUCCACGGAACUUUGACCCAACUUUGUCAUUAAUACCAACUGUGCGAACAUAUGGGACAAAAGUUCAGACUCUCAAGACUACCCCUAUCGGAGUUCCACUAGCAGAAAGCUAAAUCUCUUCGGAGAUUCUCAUCGAAAGACAUACCGUGACACAGUAAUUGAAUUUCAUAAAACUAGAUCCAUUUCGACACGGUUCCAGAUCACGAUCCAGGGAUCGUAUCGAACGACAGGCUCGAGUUACGGUGUCCGAUGCAAAAAUGACCGAUAGACAAGUAGGUGAUUAUUACAGGAUGUCUGAAGCGUGCAAAGUUCACCAGUGUAUCCGUAAAUCGAUCCAUCGAUCGAUCAGAGGAUUUUCUCUCAGCUCUGAUCCCAGAAACAUAGACAUCUUUUCCUGAACGUUACACACCUCGAUUAAAGUGUAUCUCUGUGAACUUUAUUACACGCGUUCCACGAUAAUGUUGGAGCUGGUUGAACGCAAAGCGAAUGGAAUCUCUUGGUCGAGUUGUCGUGGUCAAAAUUUGAACUCUUUCGCGAAGGAUCCGAAAGGGAUCCUUUUACUCAGACGGGACAAAGGUUAUCCGCGUGAGAAACGAUGGAGAAAGGAGAACGGAGGGUUGCUGUGUUCCCUCGGUCAGCUAGGGUGCAACGAGUCCUACAGCCCGGACACCUUGGGCACGUGGAAGUUCCACAAGGUGUCUCGAAAGAGCCAUGAGGGGAUGAGCACUGGCGUGGGAGAUGGAGGUGGAGGUGGCGGUGGUGGUGUACAAGGAAGCGGGGGUGGAAGAAACACGCCUCCCCAUGGAUCGCCCACCCCCAUGGAUAAAGCGACUUUGAAAGUCCAUCUACCUAAUGGUGGUUUCAAUCUUGUUAAAUUCGGUGAUGCGAUCGAUGUAAGGGGUAUCAUUUCUUUGGUAACUAGUCGAUUAGCUGCUGGUACAAGGCACUAUAGAAAUCUCUACGCCAUGAGGCUUCAUCAUCCUGGAUCGGGGGAGAGUUACUGGUUACACCAAGACACUACCAUGUACCAGGUUCAGGAGAAGUACGAAAAGAAACAUCCCCAUUGCGAGUGGAGGUAUGAACUAAGGGUGCGAUACCUACCCCAGAACCUAAAUGAUUUGUACGAAAAGGAUAAAGUAACGUUCUACUAUUAUUACGAUCAGGUUCGAAAUGAUUAUCUAUGCGCGAACCACUCGGCUCUAGAUCAAGAUGUGGCUGUUCAAUUAUGCUGUCUAGAAAUUCGAUAUUUCUUCAAAGACAUGCAUCAGGUUGCGCUUGACAAGAAGAGUAAUCUCGAGUACCUAGAAAGAGAGGUUGGUCUGCACAAAUUUUUACCACGGUCCGUAUUGAACGGAAUGAAACCAAAGGCUCUACGCAAACUGAUACAACAGCACUUCAAAAAGGUAGCAGCAUUAUCUGAAUUAGAAUGCAUGUUCAAGUUCUUUGAUCUCUUAAGGGCACACUACAGAUUCGAUCAGGAAAGGUUCAUAUGUGCUUUGGGGUCAAGCUGGUCUAUACCCGUAGAACUAGUCAUUGGACCAGACUUAGGCAUAUCUUAUAUGGCUCACAGAGGCGGAACGGUGCCAACAAGAAUGGCAGAGUUCUCUCAGAUACAGUCUAUUCAGACCCUUGUAUCGGACUGUAAGGAACACGCGAAAGCGUGUAUUAAAUUAAGGGUAGCUGGGACUGCUGAAACGUUAAGUAUAACCUGUUCGAGUCUGGACCAAGCAGAAAGUUUAGCAGAUUUGAUCGACGGAUACUGUAGACUAGUUACCGGAAGUAACACCUCAUUAUGGAACAGAAAAGCUGCAUCGUGGAAAAACUAUCCCUGUCCAUGCAAAGACGCUCAUCCACCAAAAUACAGGCAAGAUGGAAGCACGAAUAGCCCAGAGAAAAAUGUUAGCAAAACUGGAACUAUUUUGUCAGAGGACUAUGCAGAAAUUGUGGACGAGGAAGGAGACUACUCAACUCCAGCUACCAAAGAUUAUGAAAUAGUAAGGAACCAAGUGGAACUGGGUGAAAUUAUCGGGGAGGGUCAAUUUGGUAAUGUACAUAAAGGUUCUUACAAAGGAAGGGACGGCCAGACCAUAGCGGUAGCAGUGAAAACUUGUAAGGUUGACGCGGACCUCGCUACGUCCGAGAAAUUCCUCGAAGAAGCUUAUAUAAUGCAACAAUUUGAGCAUCCUCAUAUUAUAAGAUUAAUUGGAGUGUGUUCAGAAGCACCGAUCUGGUUAGUAAUGGAAUUAGCUAGGUUGGGAGAGAUGCGAGCUUAUCUGCAGUCGAAUAAACAUCGUCUGGACCUCGCCACUCUUCUACUUUAUACUUUUCAACUAAGCACUGCCCUGUCUUACCUCGAAAGCAAGAAAUUCGUCCACAGAGACAUUGCUGCAAGAAACGUGCUAGUUUCUGCGCACAAUUGCGUUAAGUUAGCCGAUUUUGGCCUUAGUAGGUGGGUAGAAGAUCAAAGCUACUACACCGCAAGUAAAUGUAAGUUACCUAUAAAAUGGAUGGCGCCUGAAAGCAUAAAUUUUCGACGAUUUACAACAUCUUCUGAUGUCUGGAUGUUUGGUGUAUGCAUGUGGGAGAUUUUGAUGUUGGGCGUAAAGCCGUUUCAAGGUGUGAAAAACAACGAAGUGAUCCGUAAGUUGGAAAACGGUGAAAGACUUGCAUUACCAAAUCGCUGCCCACCACGAUUAUAUUCUUUGAUGUCUCAAUGCUGGAGUUACGAACCCAGCAAACGACCAACGUUCAAAGAAAUCAGAGAAACUUUGCAUGAAAUAUUACUAGAAGAAAAACAUCAGCAGCAAGAAACGAUGAGACGAGAAAACAGGAGAGUACAAGCUAUGUCUUGGGGUGCAGACGAUGUACCGCCACCGAAACCCUCGAGGCAACCUCAAAACGCGACGGAUCAAUCUCAGUUAACCGCCGUAGCGCCAGUUUCGACGUAUAUCGUUGCUCAAAGUCCUGAAGUUCUUGCACAACUUCUCAAGGAUAAUCAAAACAGGGGGGUAUGUCCCUCCGUGUACACAACUCCCGCCUCGGCUUUCAAUACCUUAGCAGUGCAAUUCCAAGACGAAGAUCAAGUCUUAACUACUGCCUUAGUUUCAGAUCUACCCUUUUUCGAUCCAGCUGCCUCAGAACCUUCUGUCUCUCACGACACUCACUCAGGAGACUCCACCUUAUCCGACACAAACUUAGAUUCCCUCGAAUCCUCGGACACUCCUCUCAUGUCCAGCCUCAGUAUUUCAGAGACGGCGCAAGCUCAGUCACCCGCUGCCAAUAGAAAACAGCAGCAAAAGGUUAAAGAGAUGCAAAAUUUGUACGCGGUUAGUUCGAAAGUGGUCGGUAACGUCACUGGGGAUCUCUACUCUCCCGUUCAAAAGUUUUCUAUGUCCAGCGCUAUUGCUGUUACAACUACCGCGGCUACUUGUGCCGAAAUAUAUGGGCCUGUCGCUAAUUUCACGCAAAGCUCCGCUAUCGUUGGUAAUCUCAGUCAAAGUCCCAGCGUAGGUGGUAAUUUCGGUGAGAAUCCUGGAAACUUUGGGCCUAGUAGCUUAACUAAUAUCGCAGGCUCGAAUAAUCAGAAUCAAUCCACCAGUUGUGGUCAAUUUUCUUCUAACAACACCAAUCAAUCGUUUAGCGUUGGUCAACCAAUAAGUCAGAAUGUUAGUUGUUCGCAAAGUUCUGCUGGCGUCUAUCCCCGUGCGCCUGUUGUUAGCUCAGCUAACACCGCUAUUCCUACGUCAGCCGCAGAAUGUCUUUACGGUCCUGUUCUAAAGUUUCGAGCACAAAACGUUCAACAUCAAAAUGCGUCCGACUUGAAAUCUAUCAGUACCUCUGCUGGAUCCUGUAUACCAAAUCCAAGGGCUAAUUUGGUCUACACUUCUACUUCCGGACAAAAUCUACAAGCUCAACCGUUGCACGCUCAAAACUAUCAACAUCAGCAAAUAUACUCGAACAUCAGCCAUCUAGGCUCGCAGCCAAUGUACUUGCCGCAGCAUGUGCAAAACAUCCAACGGCAGAAUCCCAUUCAUCAAGCAGUUUCUUACAUACCCGCGCAACACACCAGUCAACAGAGUCAAUCGAGCGGCGCUAACCAACUUUACACGGCCCAUGCAACCUCCCUUGGUAUGGUGCAACCUCUAAAAGUUCAGGGUCCCGUGUACGCGCAACAAAUGCAACCUGGAAUAGCGAGUCAUGUACCGAGUUCUCAAGCAACCAGCGUGAAUCAGCAAUUGUCUUUUAGCAUGGCGCAAAGUCAUCACCCUGUUCAAGUGCAUUUCACUGCCACGUCAGGUGCUACGGUUCAACAGGCUAACCAGCAGUAUAUUCAUCAAAGUAACAUCGUCAUGGGACAGCAAUCGUGUUCCAUUAACGCGACCCAACAGCAGCAUGGUCAGGCACAGUGUAACGUUACCAAUCCAACUACUAGCGCGUCAAAUGCAACACAGUAUUUAGCACAACCAUCCAUGCAACCAGGAAUCGUAAGAUCUAGUACGCCUCAGAUAGCGACUGGUGUAGCAAAAAUCACUACGUUCGUAACUCAUAAGCAAGAUGAACAAUUGACAAGCUCUACAGAUGGUACGCUCUCCGGAUCUCUGAUAUCGUCCGCUGUCAGUGACAGCACAAUGUCAUCGAGCAGCUCGAUGACAGAGGAGGCACAGCAAGAUCAGAGAACCGUACAAUCGCAGUUGUUCGACAACGUAGCAGAAAACUUCAACACCGGUGUGGACGAUGAACAAAAAUUGUUGGAACAACGACUCUUAGAGCAACAGCGUCAGUCUGAAGAGGAUAGUCGCUGGUUGGCUAGAGAAGAAAAACGUUUAUCAAUUGCAACGAGCGGAGACGAAAGCGCUAGUCCUCCAGUUCCACGUUCAGUCACGCAAUCACCAAAUCACGAACAACAUAGUGCUAAUACUGGUUCUUUAGGUUCUGAUAAGGGUAGCGAGAAAGUAAUCGUCGUAAAGAAAAUGGAACCAACACCUACUGCAGAUCUGGAUAGAACCAAUGACAAAGUGUAUGAUUCCACUACCAGUGUAGUUCGUGCGGUAAUGUCUCUUUCCCAAGGUGUGCAGCAGAGCAAAGCGGAACAAUACUUGGAGUUAGUACGUAAAGUAGGUAUUGAAUUAAAAGCCUUGCUUUCAUCUGUGGAUGCUUUGAUGGAUAUACUACCUAUAUCUGCUCAUCGCGAGGUAGAAAUGGCGCAUAAAGUUCUUAGCAAAGAUAUGGCAGAACUUGUAACCGCUAUGAAACAAGCUCAGAAAUACAGCGCUACUACUUUAGACGUAGAAUAUCGAAAAGGAAUGUUGUCAGCAGCACACAUUUUAGCAAUGGACGCAAAGAAUCUGCUGGAUGUAAUCGAUUCGAUUCGUAUUCGUUACCCGUACGUAGAUAACCAGAUUUGUCAGAAGCAAAACAAUAUUAAUGCACCAAAAGAAUCUACGCCGGAAAACCGUAUUCGUUCCAGUCAAUCUGGAGAACAAUUUCUGAGGAGAAGUCAGUCGAGUGAACGUCAGGGUACGACGUUCAGACAGAGUCAAAGUGGUGAACUUUUACAUAGAAUGGGCCAAUCCGUCGAUCGCUCGCUUCAGGGUAGUCAAAGUGAUGUUAAUUCUAGCUCUAGUUUAGAAAGAAGGCAUCACAUUGUUACUAACAGUCUCGAACGUAAUUCAACGACCAGAAGACAAAUGACAACAAAUAGUUUAGAAAGAAAAAGACCAUCGUUGUCAUGUAAUAUCAGUCCUAUGAAUAAUUCAGUUAAUCUACCGCCAAUGGUACCAGUUACUUGUAAUUUAGUUCAAACAGUUCAUCAAAGUCAAACAGUGACAACAGGUGUUAAUCAACAGUCAGUGUUUGCGUCCAAUAAUAAAACAACAAAUGAAAGUGCGACAACUGAUAGCUAACAACGAGGUGCCUUGCAUUAAGGAAAACUUCGGAGAAAUAUUUCUAUGUACAUAGAUAACGUCGUGCAAGUUACCCAUCUAUAUCUCGCGCAUAACUCAGCAGCAAGAGAUUUAGUAUUUGCGCUUUAUAGCUCUUUUUAACAUUUAACAGACUUUGUCUAAACGUACUUAUAGAUAAGACAGUAUUCAUUAGAUGUAGCGGUAGAUUAUUGUUAAGAGAUGUAAGUUAUAACUACGAAGAAAUCACUCCAAAGCUUUAGAAUUAUUGUUAAUUUGUUAUUGUAUAACAAAGCUGUACAUGGGGUGACGCAAAAGGCACCCUCAAGCAUAAAGAAUUGCACUCAAUUCUUCCAUUCAUACGAACUUAGUAUCCACCAGAUAACACGCUUAAAUUUUCUCGCACAUUUUUUAAUAUUAUUUAAAAUAAAUUAUAUGAAAUUCAUCAUCGCAAUGCUAUGACGUAUACGACCUAUUAAUCCAGAGAUUGUCUUAUUGCAUCACCCUAUAGGUAGUUGAAUAAUUCUAUAUACAUAUAUAUAUAUAUUAUAUUUAUAAAUGUAUAUUUAAAAAACCGUUCAAAAUAUUAUCCAAAAAUUUAAUUUCAUGUAAGACAUAAUCUUACGAUAAUGUUGUUUUUACAAAUUCGUAAUUUAAUAGUCUAUUUCCUGCUAUGAGGAGUGAUUGCAAUGUAAAAAACGGGACUGAAUGUUAUUUCUAUUAGGUAAUUAUUUAGCAAUUCAUACCAAUUUAUGAAAUUUAUACAGACUGUUUUAUAAAGAAACGAAUCAUUCUUCAAUGGCAAGUCAGUUCCUAUAAAAUAUUUAUAAAAAAUUUCAUCUUUGCAUAAAAAUGCCACUGAUAACUUUGUCAAUGUGAUGCGCUCACAAUAUUAGUGCAUUUACAAAUUUAUUAAAUAUUCCAUAGAUAUAAAGUAUUCCUUUUUUGUACAAUUUGUUACUUUAGAUGUCCCUGGGAAGAUUUCAUUUCAUAUGAAAUUAAGAUCUUAAUUGUCAGAAUGAUUGUUUACAUUCGUUAACAGCAUUUUUACAUUGUCCACUGUGUUAUAGACAACCCGCAAUUUUAUGGUAACGUGCCAAGAUGUACUUGUAUACUGCAAAUACAUUUUUCUAUAAACACAUUAAGAAUGUAUAGUAAUGUCCUAAUGAAUUGUCAUCCCAGGACUUUGUAACUCAUGUUUACAACGUUUGACACUGCUAUUGCAUCGAAACCAUAAAAUACUUUUAAAUUACAUCAAGCAUAUGUAAAUAAAUAUUUAAAAUUUAUAUCAUUUAAUAAUGAUGUUGAUAAUUAUGUAAAUGUUAGUUUAAGCAAAUGUUAUCUUUUAAAUGUUAUCCUUAAAAUUUCAUUAAAAUGUUCGACAAAUU